UUUUCCCUCGUUUUUCAACCUAAAUGCCAACCGCUUCCUUGCGUAUCUGCACAAGACGUAAGUAAACGUAAUCCUUGGCUGUCGCAGUUGUGAAUAUGAACACAGAGAAGGACUUUUCGCCUCUGACGCCCAACAUUGUCAGGGCACUGAAUGAUAAACUGUAUGAGAAGAGGAAAGUCGCUGCUCUAGAAAUCGAGAAGCUGGUCCGGGAGUUUGUUGCUCAGAACAAUUCUACUCAAAUCAGGCAUGUGAUUCAGAUUUUGGCAUCGGAGUUUGCUCUUUCCCAGCACCCUCACAGUCGGAAAGGUGGCCUCAUUGGACUUGCAGCCUGCUCCAUCGCACUGGGAAAAGACUCUGGUCUGUAUCUUAAGGAACUUAUUGAGCCUGUGCUCACGUGCUUCAAUGACUCAGACAGCCGUCUGCGCUACUACGCCUGUGAGGCCCUCUAUAAUAUAGUCAAGGUGGCCAGGGGGGCCGUGCUGCCGCACUUUAACCUGCUUUUUGAUGGUCUCAGCAAGCUGGCAGCAGAUCCAGACCCCAAUGUGAAAAGUGGAUCGGAACUCCUGGACAGGUUGCUCAAAGACAUAGUAACAGAAAGCAACACGUUUGACUUGGUGGCAUUUGUCCCCCUGCUGAGGGAGAGGAUCUACUCAAAUAAUCAGUAUGCCAGGCAGUUUAUCAUUUCUUGGAUCCACGUGCUGGAGUCUGUGCCAGACAUUAACUUGUUAGACUACCUCCCCGAGAUUCUAGAUGGGCUGUUUCAGAUCCUGGGCGAUAACAGCAAGGAGAUCCGUAAGACAUGUGAGGUGGUCCUGGGAGAGUUUCUGAAGGAGAUUAAGAAAGCACCCUCCAGUGUGAAAUUUGCUGAGAUGGCCAACAUCCUUGUUAUUCACUGUCAAGUUGCAGAUGAAGCCAAACUCACUAAUGAUCUGAUCCAGCUGACCGCUAUGACAUGGAUGAGGGAGUUUAUCCAGCUUGCAGGCAGAGUGGUGCUCCCUUAUUCCUCUGGCAUCUUAACUGCAGUGCUCCCUUGCCUUUCUUAUGAUGACAGAAAGAAGAAUACCAAAGAAGUGGCAAGUGCAUGUAAUAACAGUCUGAUGAAGCUAGUGACUCCUGAGGAUGACGAGGAAAAUGAGGAGGAAAUAAGUGGAAGUGGGUCACCAUCCAUAGGAGAGGGCCAGGCCAAAAUGGAGGGGGAUAGCAAUGAUAUGCUGAAUGCAUCACAAGAAUCUGUAGGUUUUAGUAAUAUUAGCUUCUUCACCCCAGCAAAUGCUGACAGACCUCAGGUAACUCUGGACCUAGAUGGCAUCGUACAGGUACUGGGCCGCUACCUACACGACUCGACUACUGGCAUGAUGACCCGCAUAGCUGUCCUCAAAUGGCUUUAUCACCUCUACAUUAAGACACCACGCAAAAUGUUCCGUCAUACCGACAGUCUUUUCCCCAUUCUGCUUAAAACACUGUCUGAUGAGUCUGAUGAGGUGAUACUCAAAGAUCUGGAGGUGUUAGCUGAAAUAGCUUCGUCGCCUGCUGGCCAAACAGAGCAGCCCUUCUCUUGUGACAGUGCCGACAACAAACUGGUCCUCAAAGUGCCAGAGGGUCCCAAGACAGGACAGCAGCCCAGCACAGGCACCAAAGCUGUGGACUCCUCCCCCUCCACUCCCAGCAUGAACUCAUAUUUUUAUAAGUUCAUGAUCAAUUUGCUGAAGCGUUUCAGCCUGGAGAGGAAGCUUCUGGAGAACAGAGGAGCUUUCAUCAUCAGGCAGCUGUGCCUGUUGCUUCACGCUGAGAACAUCUUCCACUCCAUGGCUGACAUCUUGCUGAAAGAGGAUGACCUGAAAUUUGCCUCCACUAUGGUUCAGACCCUCAACACCAUCCUGCUCACCUCUGCUGAACUCUUCCAGUUGCGCAAUCAGCUGAAAGACCUGCAUACUCAAGAAAGCUGUGCUUUGUUUUGCUGCCUGUACCGUUCCUGGUGCCACAACCCUGUGGCCACUGUGUCACUUUGCUUCCUCACACAGAACUACAAGCACGCCUAUGAUCUCAUCCAGAAGUUUGGAAACCUCGAGGUGACCGUAGACUUCCUGAUGGAAGUUGACAAGCUGGUGCAGCUCAUUGAAAGCCCCAUUUUUACCUACCUGCGGCUGCAGCUCCUAGACGUGGAGAACAACCCAUACCUGAUUAAGGCUCUGUACGGCCUGCUGAUGCUGCUGCCACAGAGCCAAGCCUUCCAGCUGCUCUCCCACCGCUUAAAGUGUGUUCCCAACCCAGAGCUCAUGAGAACUGUGGAUGAAUCUAAAUAUAUAGACUCCAAACAGCCGGCGACGUGCAGACGUGCCUCUCACAGUCAGGUAGAUUACAGUGAGCUGCUCCAGCAUUUUGACCUUGUUCAAAGCAAACACCUGGAGGUCCGACACCAACGUUCUGGGAGAACCUCUGAUCACCACGACAGAAAGCUGGUGUGAAGUUUUUGUGUCAUAGAGACCUUUGAUUUUUGGGAACGGUAACAGCUUAUUAUAAGUGUAUGUGUGACAGGAGUAAUA